AUGGAUAUUGAUAAACUUGUGUUUCUUGGUUGUAUUGUUGCUACUAAGGGGAUUGAGGUUGAUGAGGAAAAGGUGAAAGCCAUCAAGGAAUGGCCGACACCUAAGGGAGUUAAGGAUGUGAGGAGUUUCCAUGGUUUCGCUAGUUUCUAUAGGAGAUUUGUUAAGACUUUUAGUACACUAGCCGCCCCUCUCACUAAAGUUAUCAAACAAAGUGUUGGGUUUAAGUGGGGUGAUAAGCAUGAAAAUGCUUUUCAUUUUAUGAAGGAUAAGUUGUCUUCUGCACCUGUUCUUGCUUUACCUAACUUUAUAAAAACUUUUGAGAUUGAAUGUGAUGCUUCAAGAAUAGAUGCUUUAUCACGCAGGUAUGCACUACUUUCUACUUUAGAUGCAAAAUUUCUAAGAUUUGAGUACAUUAAAGAUUUGUAUGUUAAUGAUGCUGAUUUUGGUAAUGUGUUCAAUGCUUGUGAGAAAGUAGCUUUUGGUGAAGAUUCAAGGAUGAAUCCUUUUGAGGAGGAAGAGAAUGAUGCGAAUCACAUUACCAAGCUUCAAGACUCAAGUCAUGAUCUAAGCAUAAGCAUAGGGCCAAAGCCUACACCAAGCUCAGGGGAUCCUUUAUACAUUCAAGGUGGGCCAAUUAUAAGAUCUAAGGCCACACGCAUGAAGGAAGCUCUUAAUGGACUCAUUCAAGAGAUUUGGGCAAAGGAUAUAUUGACCCAUGGAGAGUUAGAUUUAAUUCAGGCUCCUAGUCUUGUUAAUUUAAUUCAAUAUGAUAGGCUUAAUGAAACCAAUGAUCGUCGAAUAUAUGUGUACAAGGGGGGGAGCUUAAUACUUGAAGAGGGAAUAAGGGAAACACCACUUUAG